UCCCCCAGCUCUCGAGGGCCGCUAGGGGUCGUCGCGACUGCCCCGGUUCUUCCUCCGCCCUCCCCACCCCACGCGGCUGUCGGCGCCAGAGUCAAACGGGGAGGCCGCGGUUUGCACCAUGUCAAAGAAGAAAGGACUGAGUGCGGAAGAGAAAAGGACCCGAAUGAUGGAGAUAUUUUUUGAGACGAAAGAUGUAUUCCAACUGAAAGACCUGGAGAAGAUUGCUCCCAAAGAGAAAGGCAUCACUGCCAUGUCAGUCAAGGAAGUCCUUCAGAGCUUGGUGGACGACGGCAUGGUUGACUGCGAGAGAAUCGGGACGUCCAAUUACUACUGGGCUUUUCCAAGCAAAGCUCUUCAUGCCAGGACACGCAAGCUGGAGGCUCUGAACUCUCAGCUGUUGGAGGGAAGCCAGAAGCAUGCGAACCUGCAGAAGAGCAUCGAGAAAGCUAAAAUUGGCCGGCAAGAGACCGAAGAACGAGCCGUGCUUGUAAAAGAACUUUCUUCUUUUCGGAACCAAAGGGAUCAACUUAAGGCAGAAGUUGAAAAAUACAGAGAAUGUGACCCACAAGUAGUGGAAGAGAUCCGUCAAGCAAAUAAAGUAGCCAAGGAAGCUGCCAACCGAUGGACGGACUCCCGAAGGUCUGUCUUCUGGAAAACAAGAAGAGCUAAGGUGUUUUGAGGAUGCUUUGCUGUUCACAGUGUGGUGUCUUCUCACCUUAUCUCUGUGGGAAACUUCAAGCCACACGUGACUGUUGUUUCUCAGUUGAAGCAAGGCCACACGUGUUGUAGGAAGUAGGCUCUGCUAUAUGAUACUUCUCUGUGAGCCUCUUUCUUUUUCUGAUCUAAGAAGGAGGGGUUAAUGAGCUCUGGCACCAGAUGUGGCAGCACAUGCUCAGAAACUUCACCAUGAGUACGGUCAGCUGGGCUACAUCGUGAGGGUCCAUCCUGUCAGGCCUGCUCCCCCACAAAUGCGUUAUAUGUGUCCUCAAGUUUAGGAGAAAGUUAGUAAUGAUUGUUGUGAUAAAGACAAGUAUGAUCAAAGUAGCACUGAUGUUUUCCCGUGAUUAAUAAUAAGAUGGUGGUGGUUGAGUUUCUCUGCCUGGUCAGAGUCUAACUCCUCCCAUGUGUUGGUCAUUACCAUUGUGCUCCCACGGGAGGAGGGUAGGCACAGGGGACGCGAAGAGGAGAGGAGCUGUGGGGACCGCUGAGUCUCAGGUCAGCUUCCUGCUGCCAAGCCCGGCCUGCUUUUCACAGGAAAUUCAAACCUCAUUUUCCCUAAUAAAUAGAAAAUAUUAAUGAAUUCUCCUUGGGCUCCUAUAAAGCUAUUAUUUAUUUAUUAUAAGUUGUUUCCUAAACAGAAUGCUGCUUUAGUAAAGGAAACAGAAGAGCAUCAUUGCGUUAGUGACAUAGAAGUGAGUAAGGUUUACAUUGUGAGACGUGAGACACUGUGACACACGUCUGCAAUCCCAGCACUGGGGGAGGCGGGAAAAUCAGUGUUCAAGGUCAGUCUUAGCUAGGUGAUGAGUUUAAGACUAACCUAGGCCACAUAAAAAUAAUAGUGAUAAAAAUGUAUUUUACAUAGGUCUGAGAAAUAGAGAAUUCUGAGUGUGAAAAUAAAGCAAGUGUCCUUGUGGAUUGAAGAUAGGAUG